AUGCGCACGUGGACCGAUCUCAGAUGCCCUCCGAUGCACCGUCCUCGGACGCAGAUCGGCUGGACUCACGAGGAACACCGCCGAUGUGGCUGCCAGUGCUAUCUUACAACGCCGAGCACAAAGGCCAGCGCCGAACGCCUUGUCAACAUCGCCGAGGCUGUAGAUGAGGCACGCCGCGUUGAAGAAGUGUCCGUAUUUCAGGAUUUACUAGCCAUUGAAUAG